UUUUUCUUACAAAAUUCCAGGAGAGUUUUGUAAUAUCUACCUGACUUUGAAUGAUACAUGAGUGAUAUUUGCUAGAAGCUGAUGUUGUUUGUCAAACAUACGAUACAUACGACGAUAAUUCGUUUCAUCUGGAAUUCAAUUCUAGAUUUUACUGCUUUUUAGUGUAACCCCCAGUCGAUGACUUCACCAAACAUGGCGGGGGCUGACCGUGACGGGGUUUUCUCUGCGUUGACCGGUAGAAUUAUGCCCAUUUACUUGACAUUUGUGCAAUAACGUCUCUUUGCAGUUGUCUAUUGACACCCCUAGGCCAUGUUGUGCAAAUUUAUUGAAGGAAAUAGUCGUGUGAUUUCGGGAUGAGUGCGUCAACGUCCUCAACCGGCACUCUCCCCCGCCCCCUCCCGGGUGGGGCCGAGGGCCAGGCUGUCCCCACCCCGGUACAGGCUGGCCCGGAUGGCUUCUUCUCCGCCACGGUGCUGAAUCUGUCCCGGGCGCUAGCUGCCCUGACUCCCGCCCCUGUGGAGAAGGUGCAGCGGCUAAUGCGGCUCUGUGGACAGGAGAAUUCACAGGGAGGAUACACUUUGGACCGGAGAGGCCGGGAUGCGAUCGUGGCACUUGGGGUCUUCAUCAUCGAGUCAGGACUUCAGCACAAGGAGCUCCUUGUGCCAUACUUAAUAGAGAUCCUUAGAAACCUCCCUGGUGCUCACUGGAUCCCUUCCCCCACCACAAGUAAACAGAAUGGGCUUCCUGAGAGUGAGCAGUUCAGUUUCUGCCUGGUGACUCUGUUGACAGACAUAGCACAUAGAGAUCCGUCCUUCCGUGGGGAGAUCAUUACAGCUCAGGUGGAAGUGCUACAGACGCUUGCCACCUUGUGCCAGAGUGGUGACAUCCCCAAGGUUGCUCUGUGUAGUAUUGUCGUUCCCUCUCUGCUAGGAGUAGCCCGUGCUCUGGGUCGGUACAGCACCAGCGACAUCGGCCUAAUCUCCCAGCUGUUUCCACGUGAGACUUUCUCCUCCCCUGCAUCUACCCGAGUCAGCACACCUGCCACACCAACCUUCCCUGUCCUGGGGCACAGUCGUCCAGUCAGUGCUUGUCUACAGCUCACACUCGACCUGCAGGGACACUUCCUUCCACCGUCACCCAACCCCUCCCCCACCCCCUCCCCACGAGGGUCAGAGGGUGCAGCCAUCUUUGGUAGCUCCCUGCCCAACUCUCCCAUCCAUGGAGGUGUAUAUCAGGGGGUGAUGUCCCCACUGGCAUCAGAAGACCUGUUACAAACUGUUGGCACCAGCUUCCCCAUGGCAUCCACCCUAGGAGGUAGUAGCAGAGCCCCCUUGCAUCUCAAUCCAGCCCAGUUACAGGACAUCUUGUCCACUUCCAAAUCUCUCCUUACCAAAGACAUUCUCAAGAACUUGGAUGCAAAAGCAACGGAGUGCUUCAUGCCUGGAGGAGGCCCAAGCUAUCCCUAUCAUUCCUUCAGUGAGACUUUGACGGUUGUGUUGACCAAUCUUCUUCACGAUCUCCUCUAUAAUGUGAAGGAUCUUUCUGCCUCCUUUACCAAGGAAGUCCAUGACUUCAUCAAAGGUUUGUUUAUGACAGGGCAGACGGAGGUCAUGGAGAAACUAGCAGAGGCAAAAGUUUCCAAUAAGCCGUUCAACCCAGUGGUGCUGCAUGUGAGAGCGAAUGCCGCCUGCGUGGACCUGCUGGUGUGGGCAGAGCAGGAGGAGACAGGGGUGGACGCCCUCUGCAGCCGUCUCCAGGAGAAACUCAACACAAGCACAAGCUCCAAGCUGGUGGUCUUGCACAUGCCGCUGCUGCUGUGCUGCCUGCAGGGCCUUGGGUCCCUGGCAGAAAAGUUUCCCGGGAAUACUUACAACAUUCUCAACAUCCUCCGUGACUUCCUGAUCAACCCGUCGCCUCUGGUGAUGAAACUUCACCGACUGCAGGUCACUUCAGCCACCAGGGGCAGUGCUCACUCACUCAGUGGGCCUCCAUCCAUCCAGGUGACUGGUACCAGUCCCGUUCACCCCCAGAGCCAGUCUUCUACUGAGUACCACCGCCUGCGCGACUCAGCCAUCUCCAACAUCUGCCGUGUCCUGAAGGCAGGGAUGAAGGACGAUCCAGACUGUGUUCAUGCAUUUCUGGCGUCCCUGUCCAACCGGCUGUAUGCGGCUGAGAUAAGCGACAGGGAAUCCACCCUCAUCUCCACCCACACUAUCCAUAUCCUUGGUGCUAUUGCAGUUACUUUCAAGGAUGACCUCAAGACCAUGCAGUCAGUCCUGCAGAUCUUCCAACAGCGGUUCUGUAGCCCUGCCUCUCCUCUAGAUGUCCUGAUUGUGGACCAGUUGGCUCUCAUGCUCCUGGCAGGAGAACCUACCACGUACCAAGAGAUCCUGAAGAUGUUCAUCACCAUCACUGUGGAGGCAGGGUCGGCCACCUACUCGCAGGACCUUCAUGCCACCAACAACAAAGCCCAUGGCUACAGGCAUGUUUCCCUGGCAGUCAUCAAUGCCCUCGGGGUUGUAGCUAGUAACCUACAAGGUGAGGAACAGCUGCAGCAACUCCUUGUCCGUUUGCUGGAGCUGUUUGUGCAGAUGGGACUGGAGGGGAAGCGAGCAAGUGAGAAGGCCAGCGAGAAGUCCUCCACAGCUAUCAAGGCUUCCAGUAGUGCAGGGAACUUGGGCAUCCUCAUUCCCAUCCUGGCCUUGUUGAUGAGACGCUUGGCCCCAAUCAUGGAUCCCAAUCCACGGUUGUACAAGUUGUUUCGGGACUUCUGGCUGUACUGUGUAGUGAUGGGAUUUGCCACAGAAGGUGCCGGGUUGUGGCCACCGGAAUGGUAUGAUGGAGUUUGUGAGAUUGCCACCAAGUCCCCAGUGUUGCUGUCUCCAGGCGGCGAGCACCUGCGGUCAGAGCUCCAGUACAACUCAGCUCUGAGAAAUGAUGCAGCUGGGCCGGCAGAGCUGUAUGAACUGAGGGCCACAAUUCUCAAUCUCCUUGGGCAUCCAGCAGAGGUUGGGUCUCUCAUUAACAAACUCAGCUUUGCUCAGUGCACCUAUCUUCUCUCUGUCUUCAAGCUGGAGACCAUGAGAGUCAAACACUCCACAGACAUGAGCAGCUUUCACCUCGUCUUCCGCUAUCUAGAGGACAAACAGGUACAGAAGGACAAGGCGGGGAUGCUGCAGUGUCUGCUCGCCGUUGCUGACCAGGCCUUCAAGAUCUUCCUCGACGUCAUGACUAACAAGCCGCGGACAGAUGUGUGGGAGAAAGAGCUUGUCAAGCAUGCCCAGUUCCUCCUCGUCAAGUUCAACCAUCAGAUGAAACGCAUCCGUCGGGUUGCAGACAAGUUUCUGUCAGGGCUUGUUGAUCGGUUUCCACACCUGCUGUGGAGCGGAGAGGUGAUCUCCACCAUGCUGGAUAUCUUGCAGCUCCUGUCCAAGGGACUGGAGAGGGAUUCAAAACUUGAGGCUAUACGAGCAAAAGUUCCCAACACCUCCCAUCAGCUGACCAUCCCAGAUACCACUGAGGCGAGGGAGAGUGUUGUACAAGACUUCGCAGCUCGGUGUACAGGGAUUCUGCAAGAGGCCCUGAAGUGGGCACCUGCAGCCACCAAGUCCCACCUGGAGGAGUACCUGAGAAAAAUUGAGAACACGUGUGACGGACUGACCAAACAUGCAGGCAUGGCUCUUGCAGCAGAAAGCAUUCUACAGUACGCAGGUAACACGAAGGAUGUUUCUACAUCAAAGCUAGACAAGAGACCAAAGUGUGUGAACAAGGAUCACUCCAGCUUCGUGGCUUCCACCAGCAUGAGGAGCUGCUUCAUGGGUGAGGUGCAGGGCAUGUUGAGUCUGUGUCAGGGUGAUGAGAGGAGGCUGGCACGCACCUUCCACCAACAGCUCACUGCAUCCUCACAAGGCAGGGACUUCCAGCAUUUCCGUAAGUCCCUCUUCCGAGUUACAGCACUGCUGAUCAACAGUAAGGGCUGUCACCGGCCUCUACUGCACAGCCUGUGCCAGGCGCCCAUACGCUAUUUCACGGACAAGGCCAUGGAGACCACCAUCUGCUGUUGGCAGUGGCUGCUGGCAGCUAGAGCAGACUUGGAGCUUCCCUUCAUGCUGGCCAUGACAGCGGCGUGGAAGAUGGGUGUGGACAUGCGCCUCGGGCUGUUCAUGCACAAUGUGGAGGAAGUGGACGUGCUGGCCAGCUUUGGGGAGGAAGACUGUAAGUCGAAGGCACCGUAUGUUGAGCCGCACAACAUCUGGAUCAACUUCCUGAUGGAGAGGUUUGAGGUGGUGAAGUACCGCAGCACCUCACAAGUGGAAAUGUUCGCCGACCUCCUGCACUACUCCCUCCCGAUGUUCGUGGGUGGAAAGGAUCCCAUCAUGAACCGACACGUUGUUGGGGUUGGUGCCCGAUUCCGGCUUCUCACCCUUGGCCUCCUGCUCCUCCAAGGUGAUGUCCUACCCAGCUGCCCCAGCAAGAACGUGCUUCGGGAGAAAGUCUACACCACGGCAUUCGACUACUUCACAGCCAUUCUGCCCAUUCCACUGAAGGACACCACGACAUUGAGGGAGGUCAUUGAGAUGGUCAUGAAGUUCUGGAAGUCACUUCAUUCAGACAAGAAGUACUUGAAGACAAGCCAUGUGAUUGGUUCUAGUUUCCCUGAACUUGACUCUGACACCAUCAGUGUGCGUAGUGCCACUGCAACCAUGACGUCCAUGCCAGCUGAUCUGCGAGCAAGCUCAGAUGUUGGCCCUCGCUCGACUCAAGGUUGGGUAAACACCAUGCCGAUGUCCUCCAACAUGUCUACCCUGUCCAGGCGGUCUGCAGGAACCACACGCAGCAAGAGCAGGGUGGGAGAGGUACUGGUGAAGGACUACAUGCGACGGCGAGGGCUGCUGCUGUCUCUGGUUGGGAACGAGAUUGAGCGGCUAACGACGUGGUACAACCCCCUGGGCCUGUCGGAGCUGAGCUUCGUGGGGCAGGACACCAUCACCGCCUGGCAGUCCCAGCCCAUGUCAGACAGGGCCUGGAGGGACACGGUACAGAUGGCGUGGGAUAUCUCCCCGCGACUGGCACUGCAACUCCCAGCCAGGUUCCGUCAGACAGAAGCCAUCUCCAGGGAGGUGACACGUCUAGUCAGGAAUGACCCCCAAGCAGUGGUCGAUGUUCCCAGAGCAAUCCAGUUCCUUUUGCCUGCGUGGGUUGAGGAAAAGUCACCUGACCAGAAAUACCUGGUGACAGAGCACAGUGUUGAGGUGGACGCCCCAGAACUGAGCCACAUCCUGACCUGGUCUGGUGUCAACCCCGCCAUGGCGCUGUCGUACUUCUCCCGCCAGUUCCCGCCUCAUCCCUUCACCUCGCAACUCGGCGUCAAAGUCCUGCGCUCCCUCCCGCCCGAGGUCACCCUGUUCUACGUCCCACAGCUGAUCCAGGCUCUACGUUACGACACCAUGGGGUACGUACAAGAGUAUAUCCAGUGGGCCAGUCGGCGCUCCCAGCUACUGGCUCACCAGUUUGUCUGGAACAUGAAGACCAAUGCUUACACUGAUGAGGACGGCACCAUCAAGGACCCAGAGGUUGGAGAUCGUUUUGAGGCCAUGAUUGAGCUGAUGACUCGGACAUUAUCAGGCCCGGCUAAACAGUUCUAUCAACGGGAGUUUGACUUCUUCGGGAAGGUGACGGCUAUCUCAGGGGAGAUCAGACCAUAUCCUAAAGGUGCAGAGAGGAAGAAAGCCUGUCUCAAGGCCAUGAAGAAAAUUGCUGUCCAGCCUGGCUGUUACCUGCCCAGUAACCCUGAGGCUGUCGUGUUGGGCAUCGACUACAACUCAGGAACUCCCCUCCAGAGCGCAGCAAAGGCACCUUUCCUGGCCAAGUUUAAGGUGAGAAAGUGUGGGAUCAACGAUCUGGAGAACCUUGGACUGGAGGGAGGGGACACAACAGAUGGAACAGCAGAGGAGGUCUGGCAGGCAGCCAUCUUUAAAGUGGGAGAUGAUGUGCGACAGGACAUGCUCGCACUGCAGGUGAUGACACUAUUUAAGAACAUCUUCCGGCAGGCGGGGCUGGACCUGUUCCUGUACCCGUACCGUGUCAUCGCCACGGCGCCAGGCUGUGGUGUCAUCGAGUGCAUCCCAGACACCAAGUCACGUGACCAGCUGGGACGGCAGACCGACAUCGGCCUGUACGAGUACUUCCUGCAGAAGUAUGGAGAUGAGAUGACCCUCAUGUUUCAGAACGCCCGCCGGAACUUUAUUGAAUCAAUGGCGGCUUACAGCGUUAUAGGGUUCCUGCUACAAAUCAAGGACAGGCAUAAUGGAAACAUCAUGCUGGACUCACAGGGCCACAUCAUGCACAUAGACUUCGGCUUCAUGUUCGAGAGCUCACCUGGGGGGAACCUCGGCUGGGAGCCAGACAUCAAACUGACAGAUGAGAUGGUGAUGAUCAUGGGUGGGAAGAUGGACGCCCCUCCGUUCCGACGCUUCAUGGAGCUGUGUAUACAGGGCUACCUUGCUGUGCGCCCCUACCAGGAGGCUAUCGUGUCGCUGGUUGCUCUGAUGUUGGACACAGCACUGCCGUGUUUCCGAGGCCAGACCAUCAAGCUGCUUCGCCAGCGCUUUGCUCCCCUGCAGAACGAGAGGGAUGCGGCCAACUACAUGCAGAAGGUCAUCAAGGACUCCUUCCUCAACUACAGGAGCAUUACCUACGACAUGCUGCAGUACUACCAGAACCAGAUCCCCUACUAGAGGGCACUGUUGUCAGCUACAUCUUGUAUGCAAGUGUUAAGACUAUCCUUAAAAGGGAAACAAAGCAGUGAAGUUUUAUGUAUCUUGUGUAGAACUGAUUAAAAUGCAGUAAGUAGAGAUCUGUAUUUUAUUAUUAAUUACAGAUGUAGAAAGAUCAGAAAUAUGGUGUAUAUGAUACAGUAUCUACAUGGUACGUGCUUAUUACUAUAUAUAAGAUUGCUUACUUGCUUAGACAUGAAAAAAAGUCAUUUGAAGCCCUACAAUUAAAUCUUGUUACUGCAUGUAAAGUUUCCCAUAUUGUUUGGAGGAGCAUACUUUCUUCUAAUCUUCCAUGUUACAUUUCUAAGUUUCUAUUGUACAUGUAGAUUUUACAAUUAUAGUGUGACUAUUAGGUUUGAUUGGGUUUUUUAUGUUUCAAAUUACUGUCAAACCUUCUCAGAAAGCUUCUGCAACUUUCUGUCAGUAAGGCAUGACUGUCCAACUGAUAUUGCUGUGUUCCGUUGUUCAAACUUGUUGGUAGUGGUUUGGUUCCAGCUGUUGUAUACAUACCAACGUUCCAUAGGCAACUCUAAUGCAAUAAGGUGUUUUGAGUGUACAUUGUUGUUGUAUCAUUUCCUUUUGAACUGCACAAUGUGAUUUAUCAUUGUACAUAUAUGUGCUCUAGUCAAGUUGUUCCUGUAUUUUCACACAUUGUAAGUAGUCAGAGAAAGAGUAAAAUGUAACAUAGCCAAACUGUCAUGUAGUACUGUAUUAGGAAGAGGGUAAUGAUUAUAACACUGUUGUGUGAGAUGAAACUGAAGUGCAAUAUUAAAAUGGAGAUUAUCGGUAUGAAAUAUAAGGGAAUUUGGGUCUUUUAGAUACAUAAUGUAUCUUCUCUAACAUCAAAAACAAAACAAUUUUCACAGAUUUAUUUGUUUUGUUCCAAAUCACUAAAAGCUAUAGUAGCAAGUAUGAAUAUAAUCAGCUACUCCAGAAAAAAUUCUUUCACCAAAUUGAAGCCUGCCAAAUUUGCAAAAAUUACAGUAUGCAUACAUUGUAGUUUGAAACUACUAUCUUGAUUAGAUCUUCUAUUCAACAAGAUUACAAUGUUGUCAAUCCUGUCUCUUCGUGCAGCAGAGACUUGUUGAAGGAUAACUGUACAGAGUAGUCAAUGAAAGGCUUUGUUACACGUGAAGCUUGAUGUUGAUGUCUAGGAGGACUUCCAGGAACUACAGACUAAAUGUGACAAGUCUGCAGUGGGAUAAUUCUCCUAUUUGUUCAUUUUGUACACUGGGGUACCUCAAUUGUUCAUUUCUUCUAUUGCUCUUGCACCCAUUUUUUCUGGAUCAUUCCCAAAUUCAGUCUCAGUAUUUCUCAACAUAGUCAAGCUGUGCAGCUUUUUACAUAUAUUACUAUAAAACACUGUUGGUUUGGACAUACACGUCUCACAAUAUAUUGUCAUUGCCUUGUUGUUAGUUAUGUAUUUCCAGGUUUUAGUUGUGGUUAUAUGCAUGUAGAGGAGGUGAGAACUCCCAGCUGGACAGGAGUAAUACUGCGCUCUGUCUCGUACUUUGUACUUAGUUUGGAUGUCUUUAGACUCACAAAGUAGUUUAAGUUGAGAACAAGCAGCUGGAUAUUACCAUGUGGGGCAAAUACAUCAUGUUUGUCUGGUUACCAAAUGAUGUUUCUUGUCAUUAUUGCUAAGACACAGCAAUCUGAUAACAUUAUCAGCCACUGAUUUCUUCCUGUUGGUACUAAAUCCUGAAACUACAUUUGUAUGUGUUUUAUGCAAUCUGUCUUCAACAUCAGCUGUAACUAUUUCAAGCAUUGACUAUCUAAAAUCCAACUCUGCAAUCGUCUUUGAUCAUCAAGUCAUUUUUACUUACUUGAACUCAUCUAAUAGCAUCAACAUAACCUAUUAUCAA